GUGGGAUCCAUACUGGAUGCCACCUGCAAGUGUUAGUUCGUUGCUUGCAUCUGCUGCUACUGCCGCACCACUCAGUUCUACCAUAGAUUCCAGCUCCGAGCCAUCGGCUUCUGAGUCUUCAUCAUCAUCAAGUGGAGAAAGUGAACCAUCCACUGAAUCUUCCACUGAACCAUCCACUGAACCAUCCACUGAAUCUUCUACUGAAUCAUCUUCUGAAACUACAUUACCAACUGAAUCGGGUACCCCGAGUGAGCCAUUUGUCAUUUCUGUCUUUUUCAACAACGAGAUCACCACAUUUGAAUCCAAUAGUACCCAUAUUAAAUUAUUUGAUGGUUCUGAAGUGCAAUUUACAAUUACCGAUGGCCUACUCCAAGUUAAGGAAUCAGGUUACAUCCAUGUGGGAACUGCUGGAGAGCUAAUUGUUGGUGAUAUUGACAAUGCGACAAGCGGAUGGGGUCUUGAAAACAACCGAGUAACAUUAACUCUAUCUUCGUCAGCUAGAUUUAUGAAACGUGCAGAUAAAGUUCAAUUCUACGCUUGUCCAGCUGAAGUGGGUUACGAUGUCCGUGUUGUUGAUGGUGAAGGGUGUGUUGCCAUUGAAGCUGUUGCUGGUUCUUUGAGUGCACCAGAGUCUUCAACUAGUGAUGUAGCAAGUGCUACACCAUCUGCAUCUGAAAGUGGUGAUCCAACAGGAUCAGCAGAAACUACCGAGACCGGAGUCUCUCAGCUGUCAGAUGUUUCACAAGAGUCUUAUCCACUAACUUCGAUUGUAACUUCAGAGGUGACAACAACCGAUGAAGAUGGACUUGCUUCCACGUUAACUACAACUAUUGUCGUCACCAAGGUCAGUGAAUACUGUGCCCAGGAGUCAGCCAGCUCGGUCCAAAGUGAGGCCCAUGCAUCCCAAACAAGCGCUGCUGCUGUUCAAUCUACAUGUAUCGAAAAACAACAAAGUAUUGUGUCAGUGAUUGUGUCUUGUGAAUCUGCUAUUUCUUCGUUAAACUCAGUCAAGUCGAGUGCUGAACAAAUCACCAAGACGGAGAUUGAGUACAGUUGUGAAAGCCAAAUUAGCUCGCUCAGUUCUGUUGAGCAAGAAGCACAAAAGACAUUGGAAGUCGUUGUGUCGGAGUAUGAGUUAGCCGUAUCGGUUCAAAAAUCGGCCGCCGAACAACAAAAGUCAGCUGCCCAAGUCCAGUUAAGUGAAGCUGAAUUGCAACAAUCAUCUGAAGCUAUUGCUCAUGCACAGUCUGCUGCAGCAGGAGCAUAUUCUGCUGUGAUUGAAGCAUCUCAAGCUGCGUCAAAAGCUUCUGAGGCUAGACAAACUGUCGCUGCUGUUGCUAAAACGGUGUAUGUUGUUGAAGAGACUGGUGAAGCUGGUCAACAAGGUCAACAGGGAGAAGAAAGUGUUACGGUAACAAUCGAAGUGACUUCAAAUGCAUCAUCAGGUGAUAAUGAAGUACAUGCUACCAGUGCUUCCGAAGUCAGUAAUGAAACUCAAACUGUUGCAGCUGCCAAUGCAGGAUCGAGGUCUUACGGUUUAUCAAUGAGCUUGAUGAGUACUAUUGUUGUAUUCGCUGCCCUUUUGUUGUAA